CGCACUCGCUCAACACAGAACUCUGCAACUUUGCAACUCUCUCUCUCUCUCUCGCCCCUUGUCUGAACAAUGGCUUCUCUGCAGCUGAAUUCCAAACCCCUCAUAGCCCCAUUUCGCCACAACAACAGCGCUUCACUCCCCAAGCAAUGCCCUCGUAGAUUGGGCAGCAUCAGGUGCGGCGCGACCACACCCACCAGACGCUACUCCAUCACUCUCAUUCCCGGCGAUGGUAUCGGCCCCGAAGUCAUCUCCGUCGCUAAAGGCGUCCUUAGCCUCGCUGCAUCACUUGAAGGUAUUGAAUUUGGUUUCCAAGAGAUGCCUUUGGGAGGAGCCGCUUUAGACUUGACUGGAGUUCCAUUGCCAGACGAGACACUAUCAGCAGCUCGGCAAUCUGAUGCUGUUCUUCUUGGAGCAAUUGGAGGGUAUAAGUGGGACAAUGACGAAAAACAUUUGCAGCCACAAACUGGGCUGCUUCAAUUAAGAGAAGGCCUUCAAGUAUUUGCAAACUUACGGCCAGCAACUGUAUUACCUCAGUUAGUUGAUGCUUCAAGUUUGAAGAAAGAGGUCGCUGAAGGUGUUGACCUACUGGUUGUAAGGGAGCUCACAGGCGGAAUAUACUUUGGGAAACCAAGGGGUUUUAGUUCCAAUCAAAAUGGUGAGGAGACUGGUUUUAAUACUGAAGUAUAUGCAACAAGUGAGAUUGAUCGCAUUGCUCGAGUUGCUUUUGAGUAUGCCCGAAAGAGGCGUGGAAAGCUUUGCUCUGUCGACAAAGCUAAUGUGUUGGAGGCAUCAAUGCUUUGGCGGAGAAGAGUCACUGCAAUUGCCCUUGAAUACCCUGAUGUUGAACUAACCCAUAUGUACGUGGACAAUGCCGCAAUGCAACUCGUUCGUAAUCCAAAGCAGUUUGAUACAAUUGUAACAAACAAUAUAUUUGGUGAUAUAUUGUCUGAUGAGGCUUCAAUGAUUAUUGGAAGUAUUGGGAUGCUUGCAUCAGCAAGUCUUGGCGAGAAGGGGCCUGGACUUUUUGAACCUAUUCACGGGUCUGCUCCCGAUAUUGCUGGACAGGAUAAGGCAAACCCGUUGGCGACUGUGUUAAGUGCUGCUAUGCUUUUGAAGUAUGGACUAGGGGAGAAAAAUGCAGCAGAGCGAAUAGAAGCUGCUGUGCUCGAUACUCUCAAUAGAGGCUUCCGGACUGGUGACAUAUACUCUGACGGCAAUACAUUGGUCGGAUGCAAACAAAUGGGUGAAGAGGUACUGAAGUCGGUGGAAUCUGAAGUUCUGGACCCACUAUAAUAACCAGGAGUAUGUCAUAAUUACAAAGAUCGCGAAGAUGGUAAGGAGAGAACUGAGUUGCCGCUGCGAAAGAUCGGCUAGAUGUCUACUUGGUUAUGGCAUUGGCUAUUUUAUCAUUUUCAGACCGAGCCCCUAUAUCGGAACAGUUUACCAUUUCGUGGUGAUGUUGCUAUCAUUCAGAUCGCGAGGAAAAUCCAUCCAUUUACAGGCUUUGUCAAUUUGUAAUGCAGAAACUAGAUAAGACUAAUUUGAAAUGACAGACAAUGUGAGAUUCUCGUUC